UUUAUUUGUUCUCUUUCCCUACAUGUGUGCUUGUUUUUGAUUGCGGAACAGUGUUGUACAACGGUGGAGGAGACUGUUUCGUGCCCAGUAAAACUUGUGGAAUCAUUCAGACAGACAUCAAAUAUGUUUUUACUUGAGACAGAAUCGCUGGACUGUAUGAGUGAUCUUCUCGAAAGCGGAUUUGCGGUGAAUGGAGGUUUCGAUGCUUGUGGACAGUCCCCUGCGCAUUUAGCGGCAUUCGGAGGACAGGCUUUCUGCUUGCUUUGGCUGCUUCAAACAGGUGCUGAAUCAAACCAACAGGACGCAAGUGGAGAAACACCGAUGCAUAAAGCAGCCAGAGCGGGCAGUCUGGAGUGCAUAAGCGUGCUGAUGGCAAGUGAUGCUCAAGUCAACAUUUGCAACAACGCUGGGCAGACUGCUGAAGAUAUUGCAUGGUCUUGUGGGUUUGAGGAAUGCGGGAAGUUUUUAAACAUGCACCGAAGAACACUGGACUUGAGAAAUGUCUCCUUGUUCGUUGAGCGAAACGCACCAAGCGGCACUCUCGUGGGACACAAGCGAGGCCAUGCUAACUCCGAAGCACAAGAUGGAAAGAAAGCACGGGGCUGGUGAUGAAUGUUCACAUGAAGUGAAAGAAAUUUAAGUUGAAUCCAUGCCGGCUGUUCAGCCGGUUGCCGAACUAUUAAGUGAAUGGUGUACUGGAAUGCCCACAGAGUAUAAAUUACCUGUGGAUAUUUGGCAUUGACACUACCGUAGUCUCAACGGUGAAGAUCAAUGGACCCUAUUCUGGGCUCGGUGGUUUGGGGUCUAUAAACGAGAAGAAUGCAUGCAGAAGCUGGCAUAACUGUUCUGAAAGCAGCAUGCUAUGCGCACACCUAACGCAAAGCAGAAUUAAAAAGGGACUGUAUCAGAUUGCAACUGUAUUAUUGGUAAAUUAGACCACAUGUGCCUUGUAAAUCAAGCAUACAAAGACCUUAAUGUCAAUGAAAGGCUUUCUGAGUUUUAUGACAGUCUGUUACCAUUAGCAGAGUCAGUUACCAUUAGCAGAGCGAAUGAAGAUGCCUUGUUGUCUAGUCAGUCAAUGUCUUAACACAAAGCAUUUUUGUAUAAAGGAACCAGCUAUACAGUCAUAUACCUCUCUCCAGAUGAAUGUUAUGGCAAACAUGUAGAAGAUUAGCCACAAGGCAAUCAAUUUAUUAUUUUUCCACAUAGCAGCAGUUUAAGUAAGCCUUUUGGCAUUUUUGAGCAGAGUAUGUUGUGUCCAAUGGAGGAGGUUCUCUAGUACAACUACAAGUUGGAUGGACAGCUAUCAUUUACAUGUAUAGAAACCUUCUGCAACACCAAUUAAAAAGGAGUCUUCUAAUUUAGGAAACAAUAAAAGCAUUACUUUAUUUCAUGAUCUGUUAAUGCUGAAAGAGAUUUCAGUUGCUGUUCCUUUUUUUGACUUGCUGUUCCUUUUUUUGUACACUUGUGCAAUUUCAAUAAUAUUUUCUAAUGCCAGUAUCAUCCAUGUGAUUCAAACACCUGACCAAAAAAAAAAAAACAUGCAAUCAUUUUCAUGACUGAAAAUUAUGUUAAAAAA